GUUUUAAUAAAAAAAAAACAUUAAAUUUCUGAUUUUUUUCUCAUAGUCUAAUGCGCGCAUGCGUAAAUAUAUAUGUAUAUCAAUUUCCGGUGUAUAUUCCAAGUAUAUUUCCUUUUCUUUCUAAACGUCCAACAUGGUAAAUGUGCCGAAACAGAGGCGCACUUUCUGUAAAAAGUGUAAAGUACAUAAACCACACAAAGUAACACAAUAUAAAAAAAGUAAAGAACGUCAUGCAUCCCAAGGUAGAAGACGUUAUGAUCGUAAACAACAAGGUUUUGGUGGACAAACUAAACCCAUUUUCAGGAAAAAAGCAAAAACUACAAAAAAGAUUGUAUUAAGAAUGGAAUGUACGGAAUGCAAAUAUAGAAAACAAAUUCCUCUUAAAAGAUGUAAACAUUUUGAAUUAGGAGGUGAUAAAAAGCGAAAGGGACAAAUGAUUCAGUUUUAAGAUGAAGUUAUAUAUAUAAACUUGCUAAAUGUAUUUAAUAAAAUAUGAAAUAAAUCUUCUGAAUAUUUGUAUUUA